AUGUUCUUAUUAUGUGUUUUAUUAUUAUAUGUUCUUAUUGAUGAUAUUAUUCCACUUGAACAAACUGGGUUCCGCCCAAAUAGAAGUUGCUGUGAUCAGGUUAUGGCACUUACUACCCAUAGAGAAAAUGGUUAUGAUAGGAACGUCAAAACCGCACUAACAUUCAUAGAACUAUCAUCUGCCUAUGACACCGUCUGGAGAAAAGGGCUUUUAUCAAAAUUCUCGAAUGUGAUUCCAUGCAAAACGGUACUAAAACUUCUCAACAACAUGCUCUGUAACAGAUUUUUCACUGUAUACAUUGGAGAAGAAAAAAGUAAAAUAAAGAUGCUAAUGGCCUUCCUCAAGGCUCUGUCUUGGCACCUCUUAUUUUUAACCUAUAUAUUAGGGGCCUUCCAGCGACAACUGCAAGAAAAUGUAUAUAUGCUGAUGACCUAGCCUUAGCUUGCCAGAGUAAAAAUUUUGAUGACUUAGAAAACAUCUUGUCUGAAGACCUUGAUAUACUACAUAAGUCCUACAACUAAUGGAGACUCAAACCAAAUCCAUCAAAAACGGAAGUCACCCUCUUCUAUCUAAAUAACAGAAGAGCAAACCAGGAGAUACGGGUACAGUUUGGAGAGCAGUUAGUGAAAAACAACCCUUACCCCAAGUAUCUGGGUGAGGUACUGGACAGGGCACUCACGUUCAAGAACCAUCUAGCUAAACUAUCAGNGAAAAUAAAGACCUAUCAUAGCAUAAUUGCCAAAUUGAGUGGUACGUCAUGGGGAGCUGAUGCAAAUACCCUACGAAUCAGCACGCUAGCACUAGUAUAUUCAGCUGCGGAAUACUGCGCCCCAGUAUGGAUAAAUAGUGCACAUACCAAUAAACUUGAUACACAGCUCAACUCAACAAUGAGAAUCAUAGGGGGACAUUAAAAACUACCUCUAUAAAAUUGCUCCCAAUACUCAGCAAUAUAGCUCCUCCUAAGAUCCGAAGAGAACAAGCUCUUAUCCGGGAAUGGACUUAAAUUAACAAUAACAAGAGCCUCCGGAUACACGCUGAUGUAAGAUUAAAUGUGGAUAGACUGCGACUUAAGUCACGCAAACCACCCUGGAAAAACGCAGAGAUGCUAUUACCGGAAAACACCGGGGGAAAUGCCAAAUGGCUUGAGGAUUGGAUGGUGGAGAGCCCUGAUGGAUAA